AAUUGAUGAUGAAUUAGAAAUAAAACAUGAAAAUAUUGUAUUAUUACCAAGUGCAUUUUCUGAAGAUAUAAAUUCAGAUUUAAAUAUACAACAACGCUGGUGUAAUCAAACAUUUCCAAUAACGAUAAAUGAAUUAAGAUUAAAUAUAUUUGAUGGUUUAAAUGAACAAAUACAUUGA